AUGCACGGCGGCGAAGCUGGCUGCAGGGCAUUCGGGCACGAUCCCCAGAGCACACACCUGGCACAGAGUUGCAGGAGGCCUCAGGGCGAGUUGGCUGCAUUCCGGGCGAACCCGCGUUCCGCCACCACAGCGCUGAAUCAACUGGUAAAGGACAAGCGGUCGGGCGACGCUGCCAAGUUGCUGGAGGAGCUCAUCUCUGGUCGAGUCGCGGUGGACGAGGUACACUUUAGAGCCGUGCUUUUCGGCGUUGCGGCUUCGCAGUCCUGGAUGCUCGCAGUCCACCUCCUGGGAGAGAUGGAGUACUGCCGGAUACCGUACAAUAAAGGCGCUUGUGAUGCGGCCAUCAGCUCAUGUCGUUCCAGCGGCAAGUGGGAGUUGGCACUGAGCUUGCUGGCUUCCUUGCACUUGGCGACGCUUGUCGGGGACGCGGUCACGUUCAGCAACGCGAUGAGCUCCUGUCUGCGAGACUUGCGGUGGUCAACCUGUCUUGCGCUUUUUCGCUCCAUGGCCCUCCGACAGGUCCGGCCAGACAGCUACUGUUGCAGUGUGGCGCUCAGCUCUUGCAAAGGCAAGGCCUGGAGAAUCACCCAACUGCUUCUUCUUGAAGACUAUGCAUGCGCGAAUACGAUCUGCCAGAAUGCAGCGCUGAGUGCCGGAGGGCACUGGGAGUCAGUCCUCGGCGUGGUGGCGGGCUUGGAAACCCGGCAGGUUCAAGCCGACACCGUGACCUUUUCGACUGCAUUGGCCUGCGAAGGGUUUUCUGACUGGCCACUCGCGCUGCGAAUCACCGACCACAUGAGUGCCAAGAAGGCUACGCCGAACAUCAUCACUGUGAAUGCCGCACUCUCUGUCUGUGAGACACGGGGAGAAUGGGAGGCGGCUGUUGGGCUGCUGAAGGCAGCAGCCGCUGAAAGACUAGGUCCCACUGCAAUCACCCUGAACACCAUCAUCAGCGCCUGCCAAAAGAGCGAAGCCUGGGAAGAAGCCAUCGGGCUCCUGUGCCGCAUGCCCACUCUGCAGCUUCAACGGGACUCCUUCAGCUACAACGCAGCCGCUAGCGCUUGCUGUAAAAGGCACUGGCGCCGUUCGCUCGAGCUGCUACGAUGUAUGACAGAGGAGAAGAUCUCUCCUACGAUGAUCAGCUACAGUACCAUGCUGGAAGCCUUUGAGAAGGGAGGGCGCUGGAAGCAAGCGCUCGCGAUGUUGGAUGUCGUGAACCUGGUGCGCUACGUGCCCGAUGUAAUUUGCUUUGGCUCCGUCAUUUCUGCUGCAGAGAAGGCUGGCCAAAGCCAUGUGGCGUUCGAUGUACUUCGCGAGAUGGAAGCUUAUGGCGUCCAGGCCGAUCGCAUCUGCCACAAUGCAGUGCUCAGCGCAUGCGAGAAGGGCAGCCAGUGGCCCAAAGCGCUCGACCUACUUCAAGGCAUGGAUGACCGGGCUGUCCGACGUGAUGUUGUGAGUUUCAAUGCGGUGAUCCGAGCAUGCGCAGCGGUCGGGAGCUGGAUCAAUGCGCUAUCGCUCUUGCAAGACAUGCUCUCACUGGCAUUGACCCCAGACGAUAUCAGUGUGAAUUCCGCCAUCACCGCAUGUGAAAAGGCAGCUCACUGGCGAAUGGCCCUGCUCCUCCUGGGCCAGGUGACCGGAGAUCUGAUCGGCUACUCCGCCGCCAUGAGCGCGUGUCAACGGGCAUCGAAGUGGCGCUGGUCGCUGCAUCUGCUAUGCGACAUGGCCUGCAGUUUCGUCACCCCGAGCCGUAUCAGCUUCAAUGCAGCACUGCAGGCCUGCGCCGAAGUGGCCAAGUGGCGCAUGGCUGUCUGGCUACUCGAGGAGAUGUCGAUGAGCCACUGCACGCCGGACAGUACCAGCUUCAUUUCAGCCAGUCUCGCUCUAGAGGUUGGCCAUCGGGGCGAGCAAGCUGUACAGCUUCUGGGCAUUUUGGGCAUUGAGCUGGCUGGCACGCUGAGAAAAGUGACCGUCGCCGGCCGCCUGGGUACAGUGCGCUUCGCCGGCAGCACAAAGUUUGCCGCCGGAGUGCGCCACCCAGCGACGGUAUGGCAGUUGGAGGUAGAUAUCCUUGUAUCUGACAGCCUGCUAGCUCACCAUCCACAAGUCACGGAGGAGAAGCACCAGGAAGAAGCCUUCCACCUUACAGCCUGCCGGGUAGCUCUUCUGCGCUUGAGAGUCGAAGCAGUCGUCCUGCAAUGUCCAGAGCUCUAA